AAAGAUCAUCCAGAAUUAGAUAAUUCAAACUAUUUCUUUCCAAAUUCAUUGUCAUUGGACAAAUUGAAGGUACUUUAUGUAAUGAAUCAACCGGUUGAGGAGCUUUGGCACUACAAUUGUCCUUCUGAAUCAUUUUGUGAGUUGGAAAAUCUUACUUUGAGAAACAACAAAAAGUUAUUGAGUGUCUUCUCCCCCGCCAUGAUAGUAAGAUUCAACAAGCUAAAAAAAUUGACUUUGGAAAAAUGUGAAUUAUUGGCCGAGGUAUUUAUCCUUGAAGGUGACAAACCAAAUCAUGAUAACCAAGAAAUGCUUCCUCAACUAAGGGUGUUAGCAAUGAGUAACCUAAGUAAUUUGACAUGUUUCUGGAACAAGGAACCUCAAGUUCCAUUUUUCCUUAAUUUGGUUUCACUUUUCAUUAUUCAUUGCCAUUGCCUCAAAAGCUUAUUCUCACUUUCUCAGGCCCAAAAUCUUAAAAAACUCAAAAUACUCAGAUUGUGUAAUUGUGAGAAAGUAGAAGAGGUAAUAUCUAGUGAUAAAGGUGAAAAGGUGGCUACCAUUUUCCCUAAAAUGAAAUGUCUUGUGCUCAAGGAUCUUCCAAAGCUUGUCAACUUUUGUCAGGAAGGAGGAUGUUUUAAUUGGCCUAACUUACAAACACUGAGGGUGAACAAUAUUCCAAGUAUGAAAACAUUUUUGAGAGAUGAUCUUAAUACACCAUUGUUGAAAUCAGUGUAUAUAACAUUUUCUAAGAAAAUUUGGCUUGGAAAUUUGAAGAAUACCAUAUCAUAUAUGCACAACAAUCCAGGAAUGACAUUACAAGGAAGAAUAUGAAGAUUACAUAUUAAAUAGAAGAGAUCCGAGGAAAGGCUUCAAAGUCACAUUAAUCAAGUAUAAAUAUAUACAUUG